AUGUCCCCCCAGAAACCCGCCCAUCCUGCCCCCUCCACACAAGCCCCAUCCGCCCACCCCCGACGCGCUCCGACGCCAGACAGUGUCCGCCGAGGAACCGUGAUCCUGCCUGUCUCUGCGAGGCUUGGGCUGGUGGAAAAUGUAGGGAGCAGUCCGGAUCCGUUGGCCGGGAGUGGGAGUGAUUUGGAUGAUUGGAAAGGGGUGGAUGGGGGUAAGAGGGGAGGGAGAGGGGAGACGCGUUUGGCGCGUGAGCUGGGGAAGGGCGAUGGUGUUUCGAAGGGAUUGGGAGGGUUUCAACAAGAGGUGUUGACAGAUACAACGACUGGGGAUGAGCUUGGAACGGAACCUUCAUCUCAAGAUACAUUUGGCAUAUCUCUAAACGGGGUGGCAUCACCACAAAAACAACAACCUCAAUCCAACAACCUUCAAACCCCUUCCACGCCUUUGGCCACUGUGCCAUCAGCUCUUGACGGUACUCCCACCCGCCAGUCACAACAGCCAAGAGGCCGGGGUGGAAAGUUUUUGAAGAAACCGCCAGGAGAGAAGAAGGCCAAGAAUAGGACACCGAAAGUCAAAGUACAGGCUGCUCCCAAGCCUGUGGCUGUCCCUGCCACCGCAACUGGUGUGGGUGCAGGACAAGCGAUCACGCCAGGUCCUUCCCGUCCUACUAGAGCUACUGCCGCUACCCAAACACCCAAAGGGACGCCAAGCGCGUCCGCGUCAAAGCCGCCACAAACCCCAACCACCCCCAGUACGCCUCUCGACCCGAAAGGCAAAGGCAAAGCCGUCGAGCGCCGGGUGCUCCCAGCACGUAUCAGACGUGCGACAGGAGGGGGCGCGGAGGGUAUGCGGGAUGUGGAGGAGAUGAUUAUUGAUUGGGUACAGCGGUGGGGCGAACCUGUGACGACACCGCCGGAUGAUAUGCCUAUACUGGUAACUACGAUAUCACUAGACCUACUCCAACCACCAGUCACGACCCUCUUCCCGUCAAACCCCAAUGCGCCGACUAUAACCCUCACCCCUUCACGCCCUUCCAUCUCGAACCACCCCUUUCCCCCUGCCGACACUGCUUCCACAACAACAGGCAUUGUCGACCAUGGUGGUGAGCAGAGGUUAAAAAAGGAAGAGAUGAUCGAGACGCCGGAGUGGGUGAUGGUCAAACCAGGCGACGAUGAUAUGGAAGAAGCGCGCGAGGAGCUGGGAGGCGGUAUCGGGAAAGCCAAGGUGCACACGAGCCCUGUCAAGAGGCUGAGAAAGGUGCAUGAUGAGCCGGAAGAAGAUACUUCCGAUGCGCAUUAUGCGGGGCUGCAUCGCAAGUUUGAAGCUUUUGAGCGGCGGCAACGGUUGAGGGAGAAGGAGAAAUUGCAGUUUGAACGGUACAAGAUGGGUAACAGGAUUGAGCUGCUGAAGCAGGUGGCGAAACCGUCUUGGGCUUCUAUUGUCUCGACGAUCUUGGCUAGAGGGACGUCAGAGUGGGAUGCGGGGAGGAAGAAGGUGGAGAAGGAAGGGGAAGAGUGGUUGAGGGAGAGGUUAGUGAAGGAGGGGCGGGAGGUUAUGAAGCGGUACGACGAACUUUUACCAGCCGAGUCGCGCAAACAAAAAGGCGACCGCCACUCCUCACCCUCCCAAACGCCCGAACCAUCCGUCCUGCCCGCACGCGUAGCCGCCCUCCGCGACCCCGCCUUUACAUCAUCCAAAUCAUCCAAGCGCAAACGCUCCUCUAUUAGCCUAUCCGCCGAAACAGCCAAAGAAGAAGAGACGCCCAAAAAGGCAGCAAAAGCUUCAAACGGACAGAGAAGGAGCCAGGUUUUUGAAUCGGGGGAAUACGAGGAGGUGACGCCGAGUCGACGGAAGAACUCGAUUAAAACGCACCAACCACCCAAUAUCUCUGAACCCCCCGCCCUUUCUGUUCUUCCGACUGCCGAGCCGCUUUUUGUGCCCCCGCUUACGGCCUCUGGGAUGCCUGUCCUAGUAGAAGCUGCCUCGCGUCGCGAGCUCGCUAUCAAAGAGCAAGAGGAGAGCAAGUCUAGGUCCGGGGCACCGAGAGAGGGCAGGCUGAUCAAGUAUGAAAAGACGAGGAUCAGUCGACGGUUGGACCUUGUCAGCCCGUUUGGGAUGCCUGUUCCGGGGGUUGUAGAGUAUAAAUCGGAGUUUACGUUGACGGACGAAGAGGACUUUUGGCCGAUAAUAGCAGAGAGAGAAGAAAAGGCCAAUCAGCAUCGGCGGCAAAGCCUUUUGAAUACGCCUGGGACACCAGGUCCAGGGUUGGGUCUCAUGGCAAGCUCGUCUGAUACUACUGAGAGUGGAAGCAGUGGCGCAGGUGGGGGAAGCGCGCAAUUGCAGAUGAGUGGGAUGGUUGGCCUUGUAGGAGUGGCAGACGCCAAGGUUGGAGAUGCUGUUGUACUUUAG